CGCUGUCACCCGCCGCAGAGAGGGCACGGCGGGUGAGAUUAUGUGAUUGUCUCUGGAUAAAGCAUGCAGUCUGACUUCUUUUGUUUCAACGUUUGUCGCUAUUUUUUCAUCGAAAUGGUGAGUUUUCACAGAUUACCAAACGCCAAAUGAGACUUUUGUCGGAUUAAUCAGACGCGGAAGGACAGACGAUGAGAGUCGGAGGUGGAUUUCAGGGGGAUUUUGGUAGAUCGCAGCAGAACUUGCUCACAACAAGAAGGGGAGUCUGAGGUCGGCGCUCUGAGAUGGACCUGUCUGGAUCUUCACUCAAUCGCAGCCAAUCGCUGGCAAGCGGCCUGGAGAAGACUUCCCACACCUGGAACAAGCCAGCCCACUCUCAGAGCAGCAGCACUCUGUCAUCUCGCCACUCCAGACAGAUUAUCAAAGACUGGGAAGUAAUUGACGACCUUCAGGUUGAAAUGCAGGGAGCAGGUGACGAUCCUCAAGACAGGACCGCCCCGGGAAUCUGUGAAGGAUAUCUUCUCAAGAGGAGGAAAUGGCCACUUAAAGGCUGGCACAAGCGGUACUUCGUCUUGGAAGGAGGGAUCUUACGCUACUCCAAAAAUCAACAAGAUGUGGCCAGGGGACGAGUCCAGGGCUCGCUAGAUGUUAGCCUCGCAGUAAUAUCGAUAAACAAGAAAUCAAAUCGGAUUGAUUUGGAUGCAGGGGACUUUCUGUAUCAUAUGAAGGCAAAGAGUCAUGAACUCUUCUACAUCUGGGUAACCAAGCUACAAGCUCACCGCCUGUACAAGAAGAAUGAGGCGGCUCAUCUUCACAGCAGCGUCCUCCACACUUUGUCCCUUCCCACUGCGGCUGAACAAGCUCAGAGAAAUGGAGAUUUGAGCGCCACGGGGACGGCAGAUUCAGCUGGAGCGUCAGGCGUGCUGCCGUCAGCUAACACAGCCGUGAACACGAAGGUGUCUGCCUGGCUGCAACAAAGCCACAAUCCUGACAUCUGUCUGUCCUCAAGUCACCUGAGCAACUCGGCCCACCUCGGUGCAUCGGUCCCGUGUAUCCCCGACUACGUGUACUCUCAGCUCUCCCCUUCCACGGUCAAUUCGCCCGAAGGGAAGAAAAUCCAACAGGACAUCUACGCUAUGUCUCAACGAGUGCUCAACUCUCUGAAGUCGGUGCAUGAGACUCUGUCCCAGGAGAGGCAGAAGCUGCAGGCAGUCUGGGACGCUAACAACAUGCACCAGUCUAACACAUUAGCUCAGCCUGAGGCAGUGAGGCGUUCAUCCCAAGGACCUCCUUCGGUGGCAGACUCGGCUGCAGAAUAUUUUGAUGCCAGCGAUGACAUCCUGUGGGGCAGCUCCUCUGAGGUGUCUGAUGAAUCCGGACUAAGCGACGGAAGCACCACCAAUUCUGAGCCGGAGGAAGGACACACAUCAGCGACCCGGAAGUACCGUGCCAGCAUUUCCAGGACUCCCAACACUGUUGUUCCCAAGAGCACUGGACGUCGAACAAAACUGCCUGUUCACUGUCCUGACAACAGCCACGUGGGGCUCGUGGCCAUACUCUAUAACAACAUAGGUAAAGACUUGGCUCGCGUGUCCAUGCCAGCUGUUCUCAAUGAGCCCAUUAACCUGCUGCAGAGGCUGUGUGAAGAGCUGGAGUACAGUGAGCUGCUGGAUACUGCCAACAACACAUCAGACCCCUACCAGAGGAUGGUUUACAUUGCUGCUUUCGCUAUCUCUGGCUACUCCACUGCGACGUUCAGGAACCGCUACAAGCCCGUUAACCCGAUUCUGGGGGAGACCUACGAGUGUAUCAGAGAGGACCGAGGUUUCCGCCUCAUCAGUGAGCAGGUCUGCCACCAUCCUCCCAUCUCUGCCUGCCAUGCUGACUCAGAGAACUUCUCCUUCUGGCAAGACCAGCGAUGGAAAAAUAAAUUCUGGGGGAAGUCGCUGGAGAUCCUGCCAACAGGAAUGGUAAACGUGACUCUGCCGAGGUAUGGUGAACACUAUGAGUGGAACAAAGUAGCGACUUGCAUCCAUAACGUCUUCAGCCAGCAGCGCUAUCUGGAGCAUUAUGGAGAGGUCGUCAUCAAAAACCUCAAAAGUAACAUCUGCACAUGCAAGAUUACUUUUGUCAAGUCUCGUUAUUGGGGUUCUGAAACGAAUAAGAAUGAGGUUCAGGGCGUGGUGUUGGACCAAAGUGGGAGUGCCAUUCACCGGUUUGGAGGUCUGUGGCAUGAAGGCAUCUUCUGUGACACUCUUCCGACUCCAAAAUGCAUCUGGAAGCCAAAUCCACAGCCAAAGGAUUACCUGCUGUACUAUGGUUUCUCCAGCUUUGCCAUGGAGUUGAAUGAACUCCCUUCAGACUUGAAGCCUCUUCUGCCUCCUACAGAUACGCGCCUGCGUCCAGACCAAAGAAUGCUGGAGGAUGGAAGGGUGGAUGAAGCUGACAAAAAGAAGGACGAGAUUGAAGAAAUGCAGAGAGAGUGGAGAAAAGAGCUCGCCAAAAGGGGUGAAGUGUGUGUUCCACGUUUUUUCAAGAGAUCCAAAGAUUCCUCUGGACGGGACGUGUGGUUGACAAACGGGACUUAUUGGAAACUUCGAGAGAAUCCAGGGUUUGCUAACCUUGAAAACUUAACUCUGUGGUGAUGAGAUGAGACUGCAGAAAUGAGUGGACAAAACCACAUGAAAGGACGAGAUCAGUGGAUAUUCAGCCGUGGAUAUUCUCGACAGCACGUAUGAACCACUCGGAGAGUGAAGAUAGUGCUGCGGAUCUGUUCUUGAUUCUUCUGCACACCCGUGACUGGCUCAUGGGAAUCUUCAGAUACCCAACAAACAUUAAU